UUUGUUCUGGCAGAUCCCGCUCCUCCCUCAAUGUCCUUCCCCGCGCUGCGGCCGCUGGGGGAUGGGGCGUCCUCCCUCUGCCCUCCGCCCCGUUCACCUGGUGAACCAGCGCCUCCGCCCCCGCCCCUCCCGCGCCCGCUCGGUCCCUGGCCCCGCCCACACUCACCUGGCCCCGCCCCGUCCCCUUCCUCCGCCCCUUCUCGGCCGGGCCCCGCCCCGGGUUGCCCAGGUACCUCGGGGCUGGCCGCCUUAUUCCCCAGCGGCCCAGUGUUCGGCAGGGACGCUCCGCCAGCCCUCCGUACCUGGCGCCGGGAGCAGCCUCCUCCCCCGAGUCCAUGGCGGCGCCGGGGCCGCGGGCCCUCCGGGCUGCGCUCUGCAGCGGCUGCUGCUGCCUCCUGCUCUGCGCCCAGCUCGCAGCAGCCGGUAAAGAAGGCAGAGGCUUGGGCAGAGGGGGCCUGCUCCGCCUUAACAUCUGGGGCCCCGCCGCUGUUGCUGAGUGCAAACAGCUGGAAUCUUGCAGGCGCUGCGUGGAGGGGGAACCUGCGAGAAACCUCUCGGGCUGUGUGUGGGAGCACUGUGGGGGUGAGGAGCCAGGACAUGGACACUGUGUAGCUAGUGAAGAGGGGGCCAAGGAAGGCUGCACCGUCUAUAACCACACAGCUCUGUGCCCAGCUGCUCCACAGUCACCUACCCAGGAACCAAAGGCAUCCACAUCAGGCAACCCCAGCACUGUCCCACCCCUGGACUCCCACACUCCUGGCUUUGAUGGGGCUAGCUUCGUCGGGGGCAUAGUGCUGGUGCUGAGUCUGCAGGCCGUAACCUUCUUCCUCAUCCGUCUCGUCCGGGCCAAGGACAGCUCCUAUCAGACACUAGAGGAGAACCAGUAGGUCCUGGCCCAAAGGACGGCCUGCCUGGCCCCUCCUAGGGGACCUGCCCCUUCUCCUGGGUAUUAGGGAGGGACCAACGUUUGCAGUUUGCUUUGUUUUAAGUGUUGAAGGGAAGGCCUCACCUCUCUGCUCUGAGCUCUUGUCCUGGGGAGGGAAGGGGACAUUCUUUCCCAGCAUCCCCUUCAAAAACUGGGGAAGGGUUAGAAACAGGAGGGGCCAGACACCUCUCCUGGCCCCAACUGGCCCUCCCCAUCCCAACCCCAGGGCUCAGGAAGGGGGGAGGGAGGGAUCCCAGUGUGUGGUGCUGUGUGCUGUGAUAUGGAGCCCGGCCCAGGGGCUGCCUGGCCUUGGGGCCUGGGGCAAGGUCUGCUUCUGAAGCCCUGUACCCAGAGCCCGCAUUACAACCCACCAGCUGGCCCUCCCGGGCCACACUCUUUGUCAUGGGGGCUAGGGUCUCCUGGGGCCUUCCGGGGCUGAACCUUUGCCAGAAUCUUCGCCCGCCCCUCCUCCCCGCAGGCUCAGGGUCAGGAUGGAGGCAGUCCACUGAGCCCAGAGAAGCUGCCCUCUCCUCUACCCCUCCCCCAAUUGAAUAUUUUUUCCAUCCUGUGAUCUCCAUGCCAGGAUCUGAGCGCCAGGACAAGAUGGAGAGGGGGGGGCGGAGGCAGUAGUAGGCCCUCGGCCCUGCUUCCCUCUGGGAAAGGGGGGCUGGGCCCCAAGCCCCGAGGGAGAGGAAAAUCAAGCUUUGGAAGAAGGCCCUGCUGGCUCCUUGCAGCUCUGAUGGCAGCUGAAUGGCUCUCCCCUACCUGCUGGCCCUGCUCGAGGGCCGCUAUCUUCCAAUAAAGGAACUCUUCACUCUGG